CGUCAAGUAAGAGAUGCGUCCAAGGUAUCGGGAAGUGGUAAUAUCAAAUGACAGUAUUACGAUUCUAUGGAAAAUUCCAUAUCUCCAACAGUGAGACAAACAGUUUCUCCACCCAGAGAUCUAUUGCAUGAAUCAUCUGCAAGGCCACUGCUCGAACCUUCAAUAAGUUUAAUUCCUGAAUCAUUGGAAUUUUCAAUUCACGAACCUUCUCAACGCGUAAUGGAAGAACCUUCAACGUCUGGGUUGAUACAAAAAUCAUUAUUAAAUAAAAUUAGCAAUAAAACACCUUCUUGGGUUACAAAAUUUGAGGAAUUAAAAAACGAACAGUUGAAAUCAGCAAAAGAAAAUGCAAUGCAACUCAACGAUCGUCUUGACAAGUUGGAAAAAAGGGAAGAAGCUAUGCUAAAAACACAAGAAGAACUUGUUAAAAAAUUAGAAGAUGCGAAUAAUAUCGAACUACAGAAACUUGAUGUAUUUAAAAAAAAUGUUUAAUAUGGA